AUGAGCGCGAAAAUAGUGCCGUCAUUGCCUUCAAUAAAAGCGGCUAUUGGCCAUAUCCCUCAGCGAUUGAAAACUGCUCAGUUCGAAGCCCCAAGGGGACGAUUGGAGAUCUUACGAAGGAUGAUCACCCAACUUGUUCGAGAAGAAAGGGUGGAAUUUAAACACAACAGAGCCGUAGAGGCACGUCCUUACGCAGAAAGGGUAAGGUGGAAUAAUCGAUGAUUUUAUAAAUUAUUUUCUCUUUCUUACUUACCAUUAUUUUAUUUUAUUAGUUGAUCCAACUCUCUGUUCAUCGAGGCGCAGAUGAUGAAUACACAAACAAGAUGCUGGAUUGGUGGUUAAUGGAACCGAAAUUAAAAAAUAAGAUGUUUGAUGAUAUUGUUCCAAGGUUAAGAAGUACUGAGGAACCUUAUACUUACAUAAUUGCACUUCCCAAACGGCGAGUUAUGAUGUACAAGGACAAGCGAAUUGAGAGACCUCAGAUUUUGAGGAUGGCAGUGUUGGAGAUAAAUGGUGGGUGGCCUUUGUUUUUAUAAUUAACUAUUUUAAAUCUUAGGUCACCCUUUCCCAUCCUUGAAACAGCUAGAGGAAUCUCGGUUGGAACUUUUGAAAGAGAAGUGUUUAUAG